CGCUCGUUCGAAUUUACGCAUCAGUCAUGAUCAUUGAGAUCCAGGAAAUCUCAUGAAUUCAUAGCUCAAUAUCCAUAUCACUUACACGACAGCCCGUGUGUCAUGAUGCUGUCCAACCCACUGCAACGAUUUUCACCGUACCAUUCAAUCCCCUCCACCACUCUUCUCUCCAACUCGCAUGUUCCCGCGAGCCACCUUCACGGGGGAGGACUCGACUCUUUUGGUCAUGCUUCCCAGUAUGGUCUUCAACACUUGCAGCAACAUGUCGGUAUGCACGCGCCCCAUCUCGCUCGUGCUCCUCCACCGAAGCACCGGCAUCAUCCAUACGGAGGACCAACGACACGGGCAACAGGAUCGGCAGGCCCAAUACGGAGGAGAAUUAGCAGAGCUUGCGAUCAAUGCAACCAAUUACGAACCAAGUGCGAUGGACAGCACCCUUGCGCACACUGUAUAGAAUUCGGACUCGGUUGCGAGUACAUUCGCGAGAGGAAGAAGCGAGGGAAGGCAUCGCGGAAGGAUCUUGCCCAGCAAGCAGCAGCACAAGCUGCAGCGGCAGCCCAGAGCGGUCAACAGUCGCCAAGUCACAGUGGUGAUAACAGCUCCACUGGGGAUCACAGAACCGAGACCUCCUCCUCAGUCAGGCAAGAACAGCAGUCGAACGCCAGCGAGAAAGCCCUCAACGACCUUAGUGAAGAUGCUAUGCAACGCAGCCAAAGGACAAGCAGCCUCGACAGCCUGGCCGAGUUGAGCUCACAUCAAUCCCAUUUGCCCAUGGACAGAGACCACCUUGACAGCCCGACCUCGUUGGACCUGAAUGCCUACGCGAGUCUUCAGAACCCAUAUGAUCGGCAAGGCAUUAGCGCACACAUGAUGACGGGCGCUGCCCACAAUCCGUACGGAGCGGGCCAAACCAAUAUGUCUAACUAUCCCGAAAUACCUUAUCCGCUACAGACCCGGAGCGCCGCGACCUACCCAGCAAAUGCGGCGGCAUUUCGAAUUGGAACCAGCCCUCUGGAUGCCUAUGCUAUGGCCGGAGAACCCACAUCGCCAGACUGGAUGUCCAUGUCGUCACACAUACCGCAGAACAACUACCAUCAACAGCUACGAUACCCAGUCCUGGAUCCUUUGAUGCCACAUCUGGGAAACAUCAUCCCUGCCUACUUGGCGUGCGAUCUAAUCGACCUGUACUUUGCGAGCUCCUCGUCGGCUCAUGCCCACCCAAUGUCGCCCUAUGUUCUGGGUUUCGUAUUUCGAAAGCGGUCUUUCUUGCACCCCAGCAAGCCAAGACAAUGCCAACCCGCCUUGCUAGCGAGCAUCCUGUGGGUGGCAGCACAAACGAGCGAUGCCCCCUUCCUCGCCAGCAUUCCGUCGGCGAGGGGCAAGAUCUGUCAAAAGUUGCUGGAGCUUACCGUCACCCUGCUCAAGCCGCUGAUCCAUACUCAAUCGGGAGAAGCUUCACCUAUUUCUAGUCCUGUUAUCGAUGGCGUGGCCUUGGGCGGUCUCGGCGUUGCGUUACCCGGAUCUACGAGCCUGGAGAACUUGACAGGAGAGUCUGGUGCAUUCGGUGCCGCGGGAACCCUCGACGACGUAAUAACGUACAUCCACCUGGCUACUGUGGUUUCCGCGAGCGAGUACAAGGGGGCUAGCCUUAGGUGGUGGAAUGCGGCGUGGUCGCUCGCUCGAGAACUGAAGCUGGGUCGCGAAUUGCCCAAGAGUACGUCCGCUCCGGGACAAAGGAAUGAAGAGGGCAAUGGGAUUGACGGUGACGGUGAAACCGAAGAUUCGGAUUCGGGCGUCGCCACAGAAGAAGAACGCGAAGAGCGAAGGCGCAUCUGGUGGCUCACCUACAUUGUCGACCGACACCUAGCGUUGUGCUACAACCGCCCGCUUUUCCUCCUCGAUAUUGAAUGCGAAGGGCUCUUGCAGCCCAUGGACGACACCGAAUGGCAAAACGGAAACUUUCGCCCCGGCACCACUGACCCAGCCCUCUCGGGGGUUAGAGUACGAGGGCCUCACUUUGAAUGUUCCGGCCACAGCAUCUUUGGGUACUUUCUCCCCCUAAUGACUAUUCUAGGCGAGAUAGUCGAUCUUCACCACGCCCGUAAUCAUCCGCGAUUUGGCGUGGGCUUCCGUUCCGGACGCGAAUGGGAUGAUCAGACCGCAGAAAUCACCCGCCAUUUGGAGGCAUACGAGCGGAGCCUGAAAAUGUUCGAGCAACAGCACUUCCACGUCGAAGAUAAGAACAAUCAGUCAGGAAGCUUGGAGAUGCCAGGGGACUUGGACCACAUCAACUCGCCGUCUGUGCGCUCGGUCCAUACGAGCUCCUCGCGGAUGACGGAAUCCGAUAUCCAGACUCGAAUCGUUGUGGCAUACGGGACGCACGUCAUGCACGUACUGCACAUUCUUCUCACUGGAAAAUGGGACCCGAUCAACCUCCUGGAUGACAACGACCUCUGGAUUUCAUCACAGGGCUUCAUUACGGCGACUGGACAUGCCGUGUCUGCUGCCGAGGCAAUCAACAACAUACUUGAGUACGACCCCGGUUUGGAAUUCAUGCCCUUCUUCUUCGGCAUAUAUCUUCUCCAGGGCUCGUUCUUGCUUCUGCUCAUUGCCGACAAGCUGCAGCUCGAGGCAUCGGCUAGUGUGGUUAGAGCUUGCGAGACCAUUAUUCGUGCUCACGAGGCAUGUGUGGUCACGCUAAACACGGAGUACCAGCGCAACUUUAGCAAGGUCAUGCGGAGUGCACUGGCUCAAGUCCGGGGUCGCGUACCCGAAGACCUUGGGGAACAACACCAGCGGCGUCGGGAACUUUUGUCGUUGUACCGCUGGACUGGGGAUGGGACAGGACUGGCACUAUAAGCUCUCUCAACGUUCAACACGGGGAUAAUUGGUCGUUACAACAGCCGUGGCUCGGUAAGCCUGACUGACG